CAUGCACAACAACAACAAGGUAGACCGAUGAUGAACCCUCAGUUAGGAGGGGGUGGUGGUGGAGGUGUAAUGGGUGCUUUAAAGCCCUUGACGUUUCAACAGAGAAAUAAUGCUGCUGGUAUUGUUCGACAAAUGGAUGAAAAUAUACGACAAGGAAGAGGUAAAGUGUGGGGGGAGACAAAGAAAAAGUUUUUUUUUUUGUGCUAUUGUUCUAAACACAUUUCUAUAUGAUCUAGUUCGUGGUUCGGUGAUUGAGGAUUUGUCAGAGGGAGAUAAAAAUGCAAUUCGUGAACAAAUCGCAUUGAUGAAGAGCAUGUAUGAUAAAAUCGACAACCUCUUGCCUGUGUUUUUAGCCAUGACCAAUAAUUUGGAAGCGACACGAAGAUUGAUCCUGAUGAAGUACAUGUUUGAAGAUCAAUUGACCGUCCUCUCUCAGAAUAAAUUCAUCAUCAGCCUAGAAAACCUGCACAAAUUAAAGGAACAAUUCAGUGGCUAUUUCACCUGGGUACGUAAUGCCGUAGGUCAACAGCAACAGCAACAACAGCAAAUGAGUGCCAUGUCCGCCGCCGCCGCCGCUGCCGCCGCUGCUUCCUCCGCUUCCUCCUCCACAGGUCCUAUCAAUUCGCCUCAACAACAAAUUGGAUUAGGGUUAAUGCCAAUGCAUCUGCAACAACAACACAUGGCUCAGCAGGGAAUGCAAGCUAAUUACAACCAAAUGGGUCAGCCCAUGAAUAACGGCAUGGGAAUGAAUCAAUCCCAUCAAGCCAUGGCUUUAAUGAGACAACAGCAGGCUCAGCAUCAACAGCAGCAGUUGCAAGCUCAACAACAAGCUCAGCAACAACAAGCUCAGCAACAACAGCAGCAACAACAGCAGCAAGCUCAGCAGCAGGCCCAACAGCAGCAGCAGCAGCAGCAGCAAGCUCAACAACAUCCAGAUUCUGUUCCCCCCACUGGAGGGCCUAAAAGCAAUGAAAAUACACCCGUGCUUAGUUCCGCCACACCUAAUGCGGUUACGCCUACAGCCACACCUUCAAAUGGCAUCAAGCGUACAAGUAUUGAUUUGAAGCUUCCUCCCUCCAAGAAACAACGUGGUACAAGAUCCUCUGCUGCAUCUCAAUCACCUACGCUCAGCCGAAAGAACCAAAAGUUACUUGAUAAAGAAAAAGGGGGUACUCCUGCUUCUGCACCUGCUUCCUCCACCCUUGUUCAACAAAAGACGCCACAAGAUAUGCCAUCUGCCUCUAAUAGUCCUGCCAUGAUGAACAAUGCCAAUCUGUCUCAAUCCAUCAACCAAGUUCUUUCGACCACGUCCUCUGCUGCACCAACAACGGUCAAUAAUGGUAAUGGAGCGAUGGAAGGUAAUUAUAAUCAGGGAAGUGGUAUUCCUGUCAAGGGAGGUAUGCCCUUGAGUCAGCAUCAAGCUCAAUCUCAAGCCUUUUUUAUGGCCGCUGUCAGUAACGGUAUUCCACCUCAAAUCGUCAGUCUGUUACCUCACAAGGCGCUUCAAUGCAAUUGGUUGCUGCAACAAGCUGCUCAAAACAAAAUGGUCUUGCAAGCCAGUCAACAACAGCAGAUUCAAAAUUUAUUGAAUGAACAUAUUGAAGCUGCUAAACAUCAAUUGACUCAUCAAUCCGAGCCCAUGCAUCAACAACAACAGCAGCAGCAGCAGCAGCAGCAGCAACAGCAGCAGCAACAGCAGCAUGAUCAACAGAGCUCUGCACCCGUUUCUUCUCAUUUGACUUCCAUGACACAAUCGCCUCGACCUAAUACCGACGCGUAUAUCAAAACGGAAGACGGUCAACAUCAACAACAGUUCUCGUUGCAACAACAGGCUCAACAACAUCAUAUGCAACAACAGCAUAUACAGCAACAGCAUAUGCAACAGAUGCAACAUCAAAUGCUUCAACAGCAUCAUUUACAACAACAGCAGCAGCAUCAACAACAACAACAUCAUCAUCAACAGCAGCAGCAGCAGCAGCAACAUCAGCAGCAGCAACAGCAGCAACAUCAUCAGCAGCAGCAACAGCAGCAGCAGCAACAACAGGCACAUCAACAAGAACAGAUACCCGGAACACCCAACAGUACCAAUAAUAUGAUUGUUCAUCCAUCCAUGACACUUCAUCAAAAUGAAGAAAUGUCUAAUCUGUAUUUUCAAAAUGGAGGCGUGAAGGAUAUGUCAAGCAUGCUUGGCGGCGGCAACAAUGGUGGUGGCAAUAAUAAUAAUCAUAAUAAUCAUAAUAAUCCUAAUAGUAAUAAUUCACCACAAAUUCAUAUCCAAGCACCUUAUAACUCACAAUCCCCGCAACAACAUCAUCAUCAUCAACAACAACAACAUCAUCAUCAACAACAACAACAUCAUCAACAACACCAACAACAACAGCAGCAACAGCAGCAACAACAGCAACAGCAACCUCUGCCUGUGGAUGGUGGAUAUUCGUCUGCGUUAAAAGAAGGAUAUAAGGAUGAAACAUUCGGUACACCUGAUCUUAGUUUAUUGAAACGUGAAACUUUCAAGGAAGAAGAACCCGAAUUACAAUCCUCAUGGUAUGAUUCAUCGAAUGGGGCUGAUCUUGGAUUAGAUGUGUUUGAUUGGGAUAAUAAUGAUUUCGUGACUUUGGAUGAUAAUGAGGCACCUGUUGUGUCAACAACUACAUCAGCGACAACACCGGCAGCAGCAGUGGCAGUGGCAGUAACAAGUACAAGUACACCGGCUGCUUCGGCUGUGACAUCUUCCACUUCCGCUACUACAACCACAGCUGCUCCCACAAGCACUGCUUCAAGUUCGGAAAAUGCAAAGAAAUCAGACGAUAAAAAAUUAAUAGAUGAAAGUGGUAAAUUGUGUGUGGUUAGUUUAUAAAAAAAAAACUACGUUUACUACGUUCUAUAUCUCCUUCUUUCCACUUUCUAUCU